GGAAGCGGAAGUGCGCGGCGGGCUGCGGCUGGCCGAGGGCGGAGCGGCGCGUCCGUGGCUGUGCUGGCGCAUCUCUAGACUCAGCCAGGACGUACGUGGAAGCCCGAGGUUGGGCCUAGUCGAGAGGAGGGCCCAGAAGAGCCUGGUUGAAAUCUGGUCCAGGAGAGCAUCGUGGGUGGAGGUCCUCUGAAGCCUGGAGACCGAGCCAGGGGGCAGCCAUGCCUGCUUCACAUAUUCACCUGGAAGGUGCGUGGGGAGGCAGAGAUGCCGUGGAGGAGGCCACGGGAGGACCUCGCUGAGGGCCCAGGCCCCGCCAGCAUGUUCCAGUGGAAGAGACAUUAUCUAAGAUUUGGACAUGAAGCCAGGGAAAAAGAGGACUGCAUGUUUUUGUUUUGUCGCUGUCACAUGGGCCACUGUUCAACAGAGUCACCACCAGCUGUUCAGUCUUCUCACCAAGUUAGCUCGCUGCCUUUGCUGGUUCCUCUUGAUUAGAGCGCAGACGCUGAUGAUCCUUUCCAGGAGUUCAGUUAUGGGCGUGAGAGGUUUGCAGGGGUUCGUGGGCAGCACCUGCCCACAUAUAUGUACAGUAGUGAACUUCAAAGAAUUGGCGGAGCACCACCGAAACCAGCACCCCGGCUGUACGCCGACCAUAGUGGUUGAUGCCAUGUGUUGUCUCAGAUACUGGUAUACUCCUGAAUCUUGGAUCUGCGGUGGCCAGUGGCGGGAAUAUUUUUCUUCUUUGCGGGAUUUUGUUAAGACUUUUACCACUGUUGGCAUCAAGUUGAUAUUCUUCUUUGAUGGCAUGGUAGAGCAGGAGAAGAGAGAUGAAUGGGUAAAACGAAGACUCAAGAACAAUAGGGAAAUUUCCAGGAUUUUCCAUUAUAUCAAAUCGCACAAGGAGCAACCGGGCAGAAACAUGUUCUUCAUCCCAUCGGGGCUGGCCAUCUUUACACGAUUUGCUUUGAAGGCCUUGGGUCAGGAAACUCUGUGUUCCUUACAGGAGGCCGACUAUGAGGUGGCAUCUUACGGCUUCCAGAAUAACUGUCUUGGGAUUCUUGGAGAAGACACUGACUACUUGAUUUAUGAUACUUGUCCCUACUUUUCAAUUGGUGAUCUCUGCCUGGAGAGUCUCAGUACUGUCAUGCUCUGUAGAAAGAAGCUCUGUGAGAGUCUGAAUAUCAACGUGGCAGACCUUCCUCUUCUGGCCUGCCUACUUGGCAAUGACAUAAUCCCAGAGGGCAUGUUUGAGAGCUUUCGGUACAAGUGCUUGUCUUCCUAUACCUCUGUAAAGGAGAAUUUUGACAAAAAAGGUAACAUUAUCUUAGCUGUUGCAGACCAUAUAUCUAAAGUUCUUCACUCGCAUCAAGGUGAGAAAAAGCUAGAAGACAUGUUACCUUUGGGACCAAACAAAGCUCUUUUUUAUAAGGGUGUGGCAUCAUAUCUUUUGCCAGGACAGAAAUCUCCAUGGUUUUUCCAAAAACCCAAGAGUUUAAUAUCUUUGGGCAAGCAGGUGGUAUCGAUGAGUUCAGACCCUGAAUGCAAGCAAGGAGUUCCAAUGUGUAUAGACUAUGGAUCCCAGCAAGGACUUCCCAUGUGUACAGAUCCUGAAUCCAACCAGGGAUUUACAGAUCCUGAAUCCAACCAGGGAUUUCCCAUGUGUACACCUCCUAAAUCCAAUCAAGGAAUUCCCAUGUGUACCCCUCCUGAAUCCAAGCAAGCAGUUCCCAUGUGCACCGACCCUGAAUCCAAGCAAGAAGUUCCCAUGUGCACAGACCCUGAAUCCAAGCAAGAAGUUCCCAUGUGCACAGACCCUGAAUCCAAGCAAGAAGUUCCCAUGUGCACAGAACCUGAAUCCAAGCAAGAAGUCCCCAUGUGUACACCUCCUGAAUCCAGGCAAGGAGUUCCUAUGUGCACAGACCCUGAAUCUAGGCAAGGAGUUCCUGUGUGCACAGACCCUGAAUCCAGGCAAGGAGUUCCUAUGUGCACAGACCCUGAAUCCAGGCAAGGAGUCUCCAUGUGCACAGACCCUGAAUCCAAGCAAGGAGUCCCCAUGUAUACAGACCCUGAAUUUAAGCAAGGAAUCCCCAUGUAUACAGAUCCUGAAUUUAAGCAAGGAGUCCCCAUGUGUACAGAUUCUAAAUCCAAGCAAGGAAUUCCCAUUUAUAUAGAUCCUGAAUCCAAGCAAGGAGUUCCCAUGUGCACAGACCCUGAAAUCAAGCAAAAAUUACCUCCAGGGGCAGACCCUGAAUUUAAGCUAGAAGCACUCAUGUGUACAAACCCUGCAAUUAAAGAAGACCUCGUGAAUAUGGAGCCUGAAGUCAAACAAGUAACCCUGGUUUCAGACCCUGACAUACUAAAGGUUGCUAGAGCAGAUCACGUCCAGGCCGAGAGCUACCUGGUGUACAACAUCAUGAGCAGCGGGGAGAUUGAAUGCAGUAACACGCUGGAGGACGCCCUCGACCAAGCCCUGCCCAGCCAGGCUUUCGUCUACCGCCCGGUGCGGCAGCGCGUUUACUCCCUCCUGCUGGGGGACGGCGGAGAUGGCGCCGGCACCUGCCCCACCGUCAAGGAGUGGUUCGUGUACUCUGGGAACCCACUGAGGCACCCGGACCUCGUCAGGCCUCUGCAGAUGAACAUUCCAGGAGGAACACCUAAUUUGAAAUUACUGUGGCUGAACCAAGAGCCAGGGACACAAGCCCGGCGCGUGGAGGCCCUGCUCGGCUGUUUCGACCUUUCGUCGUCCAGAGAAGAGCUGCAGGCGGUGGAGAACCCAUUUAGGGCACUGUGCUGCCUGCUGACCUACCUGUUCGUGCAGGUGGACACUCUUUGCCUGGAGGAUCUGCAUGCUUUCAUUGCUCAGGCCUUGUGCCUCCAAGGAAAGUCCACGGUGCAGCUCGUCGACCUACAGCUUGACUACAUUGACUCCCGAGCGGUGCAGCUGGGCUCCCUGCUGGUGCGCGGCCUCACCACCCUGGUCCUGGUCAACAGCGCGUGCGGCUUCCCCUGGAGGACGAGUGACUUCAUGCCCUGGAACGUAUUCGACGGGAAGCUCUUUCAUCAGAAGUACCUGCAGUCGGAGAAGGGGUACGCGGUGGAGGCUCUCGUGGAGCACAACAGGUCCCGGCUCACCAGGUUCCACGCGCUCAAGUCGGUCGUGUGCAAGGCGUGCGCAAAGGAGAACAGGCGCAUCGUGAGCCGGCAGCACUGGCGCUCGCACCAGCCAGGCCGCUGGGGGAGGCAGGGAUCUGGCUCCCACAGGACGAGCUCUGGCUGCAGCCGGGCAGACCCAGGACAGCACUGGAGGGACUCGGGACCAGGAAGUAGACAGUAUGAGCCUGACCACUGGAGAAGAUACUCCUCCUCCUCUGGUUGCUAAACUUUAAAAGAAUUCAGAUGUUGACUCCUGGCAUGGGGCCCGGCUCACUUGGUGUGCAGGCGAGUUUGCCUCCUUCAGAGCAAGCGUGGAGAGCAGGAGGUGCGCAGUCCAGCCUGACCGCCCCGUACGCCCCUCUUAGGAGCGAGGCACCCAGAGCAGCAUUGCAGCCUCGUCCCUGUGAGGUCCAGACCUCGCCUCGUGAAAAAGAAGAACAUCCUUUCUGGUGACUUCUCCCUCAUACCAUAUAGAAUGCUCUGUUGACUUAUUUUCAGAGGUUGUCCUUGAUUCUGUGCCCCGAACGCUUGUAAGCAUCUUCCCCCUAAUCUCUUCAUCUGUGUUUAUGAGGGACAGUUGAUUUUUCUUCAGUGAGUUGGAAUCUUACUACAUCCUGCUUUUGAAAAAACUUAACACUGGAUUGCAAAGAUUGUAAGGAUUGCAGACGUGGUGCCCCGUGGCUGUAUGAUAGUCCAAGAAUUGUUUCUAGUUACAAACACAGAAAAAGAGGUAACAGCCUUCUUGUGGCCUUCCUGGCGGGAGAGCCAGCUCUGCGUGGGGGGCCUGGCCCUGCCUGGGAGUCCUCGAGGCGUGCGUGUGGCCCACGGGCUGUUCCUGCCCGACCUUCCUUUCCGUUUUACUUUUGCCGAGCUCCCGCUCCGAGCUCCUGACAGCAGAGCGUGAGAGGCAGGCCUGGGUCCCAGCCCACAGACAGCCUCAGGCCGGCCUGCAGGGGCGUGCGGGGCAGAGGCCGUAGCUCAGUGGCAGGAAGCUCAGUUUAUGAUGCCACUAACGGUGAGCACUGAACGGCUCUUGUCUUUAAAAAAUGUUCCGGAUACAUCCAAGCUCUUGGAAGAAUUCUUAGACAAUUGAAAUUUCAAGAAUUGUAAUUGUACUGAGCUCAACUUCUGGGGUAUUGACUAUGGAAAGAAAUCUAUAUUUAGAGGGUAGAAGGCAGACCCUGCGUUAGCGGCCUGUUCGCACCACACGCCCUGGCUCUGGAGGCUCCGCACACGCUCAGAGAGGGCUCACACGUGUGCCUGGAAGACACGCCCAUUGUUGCUGUCUGUAAAAACCAAACGAGCCCUGAGCGUAUUCGCAGUCCAGUCCGUAUACUGCGUUUGAUGAAUUACCCUGACAGCUCAAGUGUGCGGAGCUCCUGGCUUUGUCUGACCUUAGAAUCCCAUCUAGUAUUUGCCAAAACAGGGAUACGGUCUCCAGCUGCUCUACUUGCAGGUCUUAAUUUGAAACAUCCUCACCACUUCCUACAAGUCCUUCUGAAGGACAUUUGCAUAUCUCGUUCCUUCCCCCUGUGAGUCUUGUAGGACCUCAACCUGAUUUCCCAUCGUUAGAAAUAGAUUUGUCUCCUUCCACUUACGGAGUUUCCUGUCUGAAUAUUAACAUUCUCUUCCUUUCGUUUCUGGUCAUUUGAGACCACGGUUGCUUCUAGAAAUUUCAUUUCUUUACUGCUUAUUUUUAUAACUUUGAAAUAAAUUUCUCAUCCCUUAGACUAAAAGAGCAGACCCCCAUGAAAAUUGUUUUCCCCCUUUAUAAUAUCUGAACUCUAACUUGUCAGUAAAGUGUUUGUGGUCAUUAGCAAGCUUCAGCACAUCAUUGGGUUUGUACGGUCUCUCUCAUGUUUGGAAAGCCAGUGCAGGAAGUUCCUGUGAUCUUGUUGUCAUGUAAGUUAGUUACCCUGCAGCCUAGUCUGCUGAUAAAAUGUCCAUGAAUUAAUUUAAAAAUGAAAAUAAAACUAUAUUUAUCACUCAUAA